CUCCGUCCUCUUCCUCUCCUCCUCUCCUCUCCUCGUGUCUCUGAAUCAUCGAGGUCUGCUGGUAGACUGAUUUUUAGGGUUUCACCACCCUCAGCGGUAAGGAUCCAGCCAACCGUACGGGUCUGUUUCCACCGUGUCUGUACCGACUAUCGGACAGAUUUAAAAGCCUUUUCAUAUACUCUUUAUAAACACACAGCCUGAUUAAGCGCCAUGGCGCCAGUGCGCGAGGCCCACUUCCCAGUGCCAGUGCUCUCCGACAACCCCGACGGCUGGGGUCCCACCACUCUCCCCGAGCAGUUUAAAGACGUCCCCUACGCGCCGUUCAAUAAGGGCGACCGCGUCGGCCGCGCGGCGGACUGGACCUCCCAAGGAUACCGUCGCUACGAUCGCGACCGCCAAGGCGGGGGCGGCGGCGUGAAUGCCGCCUUCACUUUCUUCCAGGACCAGGACGAGGACUCGUUUCAACUCGUGGACACCAAGCCCGUGCAGAAGCCUCGCUACGGUCCCCGCCGCUUCUUCCAGAAUCGGUUCCAGAACCGGCGCGGGGAGGAGGGGAAGCGCGACGGGCGCGACAGCGGGGCGGGCGCGGACCGGGAGCGGCAGCGGCAGCAGCGCAUGCAGCAGCAGAAGCGCGGCCAGUGGAACCCCUACUAUGACCGCAACGCGCAACGCGCCACGUACAACAGCUCGGUGGACAUCCGGCCGGAGUGGGUGGUGUUGGAGCAGAUUCCGCUCUCCGCGCUCUCCAAGCUCAGCUUCAACGCGGGCGAGCCGCAGGACGUAACGACCUGUGGAGCGCUCGAAUAUUAUGACAAGACGUUUGACCGAGUCAGCCCCAAGUUCGAGCGCCCGUUGGAGCGGUGCGAGACGCGCCACUUCCACAAGGUGACCACCAGCGACGACCCGGUGGUGAAGCGCCUGGCAGCGGAGGGCGGGGAGGGCGCGCCUGCGGUGUUCGCGACGGACACCAUCCUGUCGACGCUCAUGUGCGCGCCGCGGUCCGUGUACUCGUGGGACGUGGUGGUGCAGAAGAGCGGCGGCAAGCUGUACUUGGACCAGCGGGACUCGUCGUUCGAUCUCCUCACGGUGAACGAGACAGCGACGGGCAUCGAGCCGGCGGCGGAGGACAGCAUCAACGGCAUCGCGUCGCUGAGCCAGGAGGCGACGUUCAUCAACCAGAACUUCUCGCAGCAGAUCCUGCACAAGAAGGGCGCCAAACGCCAGUUCCCAGAGCCGAAUCCGUUCGCUACGGAGGGCGAGGAGGUGGCGUCCGUGGCGUACCGCUACCGCAAGUGGACGCUGGACGGGGACAUCCCCUUAGUCGUGCGCUGCGAGCUCGACGCUGUGGUGGACAUGAAGGGGCAGGAGCUGCUGGCCACGGUGAACGCGCUGAACGAGUUUGACCCCAAGGUCACGGGGGUGGACUGGAGGGCCAAGAUCGAGAACCAGCGCGGCGCAGUGCUGGCCACGGAGCUCAAGAACAACAGCAACAAGCUCGCCAAGUGGACGGCCCAAGCUCUCCUGGCAGGGGCUGACCUGAUGAAGCUGGGCUACGUGUCACGAGUGUACCCCAAGAACAACCUCAAGCACACCGUCCUCGCAGUGCAGGCAUACAAGCCCCGUGAGCUGGCCAUGCAGAUCACGCUGUCGUCCACCAACAUGUGGGGCAUUGUCAAGCACAUAGUGGACAUGUGCAUGAAGCUCGAGGACGGCAAGUACCUUAUCGUCAAGGACCCCAACAAGCCCUUCCUCAGGCUGUACGAGGUGCCGUCGGAUGCCUUCGACAAUGACUAUGUUGAGGAGCCCCUCCCCGAGGAGGAACAGGCCCCUCCUCCUGAAGACUCGGGCGACGCAGAACCAGCAGAAGCAGCGCCAGCUGCUGAUUCCAACGCUGCUGCAUGAUCUUUCAAAUUUUGGUACAAGCCUUACACUCCUGUUUUUUGUGCAAUAGCUUUGUCGGUUGAGCUGAUACAAAUACCACCAGGUUUGCCUGCUAUCGUUCUGUCGAUCUAAUGCCUCUAGAGCAUAGGUAUAUGGAAAAAUGGGCAGAUAAAAUUCAAGCAUUUAC